CCGCGCAGCGGCGCGCCGCGCCGCGGCCAGUGCCAGCCAAGCACGCAGUCGAGUCAGUCAGUCAGUCGGCCGGCCGCCCUGCCACGCUCCGGGAUCCCACGCCGGACCGCCUGGUUCGCUAGCGCGCAGCUCGCCUUCAGGUGGAAUCACUUGGUCCCGCUGAAUCAUGGGUUCGACGUCCGGAAAGUGCAGUAGUGCAUUACGACUGGCUGGAAAGACAGCUCUGGUAACGGGAUGCAAUACUGGCAUCGGACUAUGUACUGUGGAGGAUUUUGUUCGUAGAGGUGCGCGCGUGGUGAUGGCGUGCCGCGACGUGGAGAAGGCGCAGCGCGCGGCGGAGGACGUGCGCACGCGCACGGCCGACGUGGAGGGCGUGGGCAGCGUGCGCGUGGUGCAGCUGGACCUGGCGUCGCUGGCGUCGGUGCGCGCGUGCGCCAAGCUGCUGCUCGACUCCGAGCCACACAUCAACCUGCUCGUCAACAACGCAGGCGUGAUGAUGUGUCCCGAGCUCCGCACGGAGGACGGCUUCGAGAUGCAGCUGGGCACCAACCACCUGGGCCACUUCCUGUUCACCUGCCUCCUGCUGCCCCGCAUACGCGCGUCGGCGCCCGCGCGCAUCGUCAACGUCUCAUCGGACGCGUACAAGUGGGGUGAUAUUAACUUCGAGAAUCUAAACUGGGAGAAGAAUUAUAAUGCUCGUGUUGCAUAUGGACAGAGCAAAUUGGCCAAUAUUCUUUUUACACAAGAAUUAACAAAACGCCUAGAAGCCGCUGGUGUUACCGGUGUCACUACGUACAGUUUACAUCCUGGAGUUGUAGCUACAGAACUGGGUCGCCACUUGGAUACCACAUACUUCAAAGGUCUACGGUGGUUCUUUCGCACUUUUGGAAAGUUAUUUAUUAUAACUCCUGAACAGGGGGCUCAGACAAGUAUUUACUGCUCAGUUUCUGAAGAUGUAGCUAAUGAAUCAGGUCACUUUUACCGUAACUGCAAAAAAGCAUCGCUUUCUUCAAAAGCACAGAAUCCUGAAAAAGCAGCAAAACUUUGGGAGGAAAGUGCAAAGCUAGUUAAUUUGGGCAACUGGGAUCCUUUCACUGCCCAAGAGGUACCUGAAAGUGCCCUUUCAGUUCCGCCGAAAGAUAACUAGUAGUGUUAAAUGAAUGUGCCUUUUACAUUUUUUAAAUAUUUUAUCAGUGCAAAUGUAUUUUUCACUGCAAUUUAUUUAAGAAUGAUACUUGAUGUUAUUUAUAAGCCUGUGAUAAAUUUUACAGAAACAUUACACCCAAUUUUUCCAUGUACUUCUUCACUAAAGAAUGAUUGUUAAGUGGAAUAACUUGAGUUUAGACAUCAAAGCUAACUAAAUGUUAAUGAUGUUUUCUUGAUAUUCUUUAAAACCUUGUUGAAGUCGCAGUUUAUGUGAUUGAGUUAUUAAUUACACAAUAAUUUCAAAUCCGCGAUCCUUCGAUCUCAGAUCGCCACAACAUUAAUGCCUCGGCUAAUCUCGGCUAUGCGAAUCAACUGUCAAUUAGUAGUGUAUACUAAUCUAUCAAGAGACUGGAAUAUUUUUUUCCUUUCAUUUUUUUUCUAAAAACGAUGUUUUAAAUUUCUUCUUCACACACAUAGACACUUAAAUAAUACAAAAUAUAUCAUAAAAUGGAAAGAAAUUAGUUUUUAAUAUCACUUUUUAUAGACUUUUUUUCAUUUAAGAGUUAUUUCAAAAAUGUUCAGAAGCCUUCUUUGUGCUCAUGAACUUUUUCAUACCUUGUGCAUAUGCUUUAUAUCAGGAAUCUUUUAAAUACUGUUUCUUCAAAAAAUUAUAUAAGAUCCUUUUGGAAUUUUCUUUGGGUAUGUAUGAACUUUGUGUAUGUUUCCAAAACACAAGUGUAUGUGUUGGAAAUGUUUCAAAAAUGCAAAUGCAUAUUUAUUAUAUUGUCAUGAAGAUCAAUGUGUUCUAUGAUAAAGUUAUAGAAACAAGCACAUUCCAGAAUAUGCCCAGUUUACAAUUAUCCAUUCACAGAAAACAUUCAUUAGAUACUAAAUAUUUCAUUAAUUAAUGUUCCUAAGAUAAUGUGUGUUAACUUUGGUUCUAGGCCACACCUCAAAUAAUUUGAGGGAAAAACUUCUGUAAUUUACGUGAGAACACUAAGAAAUAUGUCAAUGUAUUUUUUUAUUUUUAUAGUUAUAUCAAUAGAUACAUGCUUUUUUUGGAAAUAAAUGUAUUUUCUUUUCAAGACACAUGGUAA